GCAUAUGUAUCGUGGUGAUGAUCUUUGUCAACUACGGCGGCGGCCGGUACUGGUUCUUCCGACACGCUCCCUGGAACGGCCUCACGGUGGCCGACCUGGUGUUCCCCUGGUUCAUGUGGAUCAUGGGCGCCAGCAUGGUGUUUUCUCUGCGCAGCCAGAUCCGCCGCUCCGUACCAAAGUGUCAGAUCUGGGUGCGUCUGGUGCGCCGCGCCGCGCUGCUCUUCCUGCUCGGGCUGGUGGUCAACUCGGGCUCGGCGCAGAGCGGCUGGUCGGCCGGCGGCCUGCGCGUGCCGGGAGUGCUACAGCGGUUCGCAGUCUGCUCACUGGUGAUCGGCACUCUGCAGCUACCGGCGCUGAGCGCGGCCGAGCCGCUGACCCAGGGCUGGCGGCUGGCCUGGCUGCGCGACGUGACCUGCUGCUGGGCUCAGUGGCUGGCCGUGGCGCUGCUGGCGGCCGCGCACACGGCCAUCACGCUGCUGCUGCCGGUGCCCGGCUGUCCGCGGGGGUACCUGGGCCCGGGCGGUCUGGCAGAUGGCGGUCGGUUCGCCAACUGCACGGGCGGCGCGGCCGGCUACAUCGACCGCCGGCUCUUUGGCUCGCACAUGUACCACAGACCGACGGCGCACCGCGUCUACGACACUCAGCUGGCCUACGACCCCGAGGGUCUGCUCGGCACGCUCACCUCCUGCGUUGCCGUGUUCCUGGGCUCGGUAGCCGGCCGCCUGAUGGCCACGUGCAGCGGCGCCCCCGAGCGGCUGGCGCGACUCGCCGGCUGGGCGCUGCUGCUGUGCGGCGCCGGCGGCGCUCUCUGCCGCUUCUCGCAGGAGGGCGGCCCCAUCCCGGUCAACAAGAACCUGUGGUCGCUGUCGUUUGUGCUGGCGCUGUCGGGCCUGGCGUCGGCGCUGCUGGCCGCCCUGCACCUGCUGGUGGACGUGUUGGCUGUCUGGCGAGGCCGGCCCUUUCACUACGCCGGGCUGAACGCCAUCGUCCUGUACCUGGGUCACGAGCUGGUGGGCGGCCUGUUCCCGGUGUCGCUGCGCUCCGUGCUGCCGCCAGCCGGCACGCACGCCGCCGCGCUGCUCAACAGCCUCUGGGCCGCCCUCGUGUGGCUGCUGGUCGCCUGGCGCCUCUACAAACAUGGCCUCUUCAUUGCGCUGUGAGUGCAGCGAAUGAGCGCUUUCGGCUGCUGAAGACAGGCCGCGGCUGCAAUGGCCGCCUGUGGGCGGAGCGCUAUUGGCGGCGACUCUGAGCCGGCGCCGCAGCUCGGGCGCCACCUCCAUCAUGAGCCGCAGCUCGUACCAUACACCCGGCAACCGACAAGUGCGCUGUUAAGGGCUCUCUGUAGAUGUGUGUAAUACUGUGGGUUUAUCUAUCCGUACGCUGUAAAAAUGUUCUCUGAUUUCUUAGUUAGCCGGCCACUUUUCGCCAACAAGAUGCGAGUAGACUUGAAGUCUACAUACUCGCAUUUUGUUAGUGAAAAGUGAAGUCUACUCACAUUUUGUUAGUGAAAAGUCGAGUUUACUCAAUGUAAACUAAACAUUAUGUUUACUCAAUGCGAGUAAACAUAAUGCGAGUAGACUGAAGUCUACUCGAAUUUAAUGCAGUGAAAAGUGGGCGGAUAACUAGGAAAUUAGUAAACACUGUUUACAGUGUAGGAGGUAUGUCGAGCAUUGAAGGAGGACUGGCGUGGCCGCACGGCGGCUGCCGGCGCGGUGCGGUGCGUCGACUCGGGCAGCGGAGAUCAGACGCUGGCCGGCACUCCCACUGGCAGAGUCACCCUGUCGCGCAGGGUCCGUGCGGGCUCUCGGAGCACCUUGUGUUCCUGAUCGAAGCAUGCAGACCGUUUGUCUGUCUUGGGCUCCUACGUCGCUAGCGGACCCGCGCUGCUGUCAACUUGAGCUUUGCUUAUUCGCCGCCUCAGCGCUGGCACGCCGUGUCCGUUGUAUGCCGUAUCGGCCAUGUGCUGUGUCUGAGCCGAGCACGCCAGCACGGCGGGCUGGCCGGCACCGUACGUGCAUGUACAGGCGGGCCACCGGCGGCGGUGUGCGGCCGAUGAGUGGCUCUGGGCGCCAAGCUGGUCCGUCCCGCGGCCGGCACCACAUGCGUGCCAUUACUGUUUAGUAUUUACAGUGGAAAGUCCGCCGGCCGAUGUCGCCCUGUUACGCGGCUCGUGAUUGGACAGGUGUAUGGACGUUUAUAGCUGGGGAGGAUUGAGUGUAUGGACGCCGGUCCGUGCCGGUCCGACCAUUCACCGGUGCCAGAAGACAUGGGCUGUCCGAAGGGGGGAGGAGGCAUGGGCCCCUUUUGGUCAAGAAAGGUGCGGCCGUACUAUCUUUUGGCCCCACCAUUUGCAAACCGAACAAAAGUCUAAGAAGUGUUUUUUAUGUCUAAGUUGAUUAUACAUCUUUGCUUUGCCAUCAAAUAAAUUUAUAGACGGUCUCA